AUGAAGGAUUUAAUCGAGGAGUUGGUGAGGAAUCUCAGUCUGACCUUGGUCGGAGUGUUCGUGGUGACAUUGGUGCUGGUCGGCGACAUCAAAGUAUCUCUUUGGGUUUUCUCCUGCAUUCUCUUCACACUCAUCGGAAUCGCAGGCGGCAUCCGAUUCACCGGUCUCACCAUCGAGCUCAUGACGUCCAUACUUCUCAUCUUGUCUGUCGGGUUGGCCGUUGACUAUUCCACCCACAUCGCUCACAAAUUCAUGGUCAUCUGGUUUUCGGUGAUAUACGGGUUGUAUCAUGGUUUGGUCUAUCUGCCGGUGAUGCUGAGCUGGUUCGGUCCUCAACCUUUCGCUGACACGCUGCCCUCAACCGAUACUGGCCAUGCUGAGAACGUCCUUGAACCCGGUCUAGAAAAAGCUCCAGGAAAGCCUGGCGUCAAAAUGACUAAUUCCCCGAGCUUCAAGAGCGUCGCUUGGAAGAAGAGCAGGGGGGAGUAUCCGAUCCGAAACGAUGCAGGACGCAUUGCAAAGGAGAGAACUGAAGGGAUGGAAUGGCCUCCAGUCACACCGAGAUCCGACGCGAGGGAGUCAUGCAUCGGGACGUCGUAUCGUCUUCGACGUCUCAGUGUGGGAUGACCCCGACCCUUCCCGUGUCCUCCGAUGCGAUCUGCCGGGACCUCGUGGGACGAUGGGGGAAGGUUUUGGCGAAACUUUGUGGACUAUUCGGUCGAAUCAAUGCUUCGUUCUCGUGAUUAGUGUUGUAUUUGUGACGAAUGUGAUGCUGCAUCCCGUAUGAAGCGUUUUGAAAACUUAUAUAUGACAAAUCGGUCUGAACACGGCUGCGAUUCCCUUUCAAGCCGAGGAAAAAACGUUGAAGAGGCAGACGCCAUCCAUCGAAUCGCUUCGAGAAAAACGAGUCGAUUCCCUUUCAAAGCCUGACAGUUCUCGCGAUUCGUGGGGAGUUGAAUGCCCGAACGGGUCCGACGUUCUGGGGUUCGGAAAAAUGCCACCCGGAAAAAAAGCCACCGGAAAUGAAAAUGCAAAAAAAAGCCACCCGGGUGGUAGCUUCAUCAUUGUUCAUUUAUGCAUAUCGGAU